AUGCUGAGAAAAUCCAGAUCAGAUAGUGAUAAGGAUAUUUUCGAAUCAGAUGAAGAAAAUUUGAACUCAGUGAUUAAAAAGGAUGUUAAUGGUGAAAAGAAAAUACCGAAAACAAAAUAUGUUGGACAAGCUAUGGCAACGAAGACGAAUGAACUUCAAAUAGCAAUUCUACGAGAAAUUGCUGGAGAGCAGAAAAGCGUUGCUGUAGAUGGCAUCGGUCAGUUAAAUGCGAAGAAGUAUCCUGUUCUACUACGAGAAUUUCUGGAAAAAGAUAAUGCAAAUAAACAGGACAUGAGUGAAUUGAUAUCAGGUAAGAAAAUUAUUCAGAAAGAAUCUUUGAGAAGUGUUGGACAAAAGGUCACAAUAAAUAAUAACAUUAUGAAUGUGAAAAGUCCCACAAACGGCGUAUUUGUGGUGAGAGUAUCAAUUAUAUUAAUUAGUGGUGUACUUCGAGUUCGGAUUCGACGGAUAAGAACUACACAAGGAAUUCUGUUAAUGGAUUCCGGAAGUGAAAGUGAGAGCAUUGAGGGAGCUAAAGUAAGUGACAGCAUGGAAUCGGAAAUUGAAGAAGGAAAUGUGGGUGAAUCUUCAGGUCCAAGAAGACCAUGUUAUCCGGCUAUUAGCAAUUUGGAAGUAAUUAGCAUAAUUACGGAACUUAUGAAUUUUCAAUACAGGAAGGAGUAUAGAAUCGUGUUCGAAAAUGUUAAAGAUAUGAAGCAAUAUCUUGGCAUCAAAUUUCUUUGCAAUCGUUAUUACUUCUUGCUUAAUAAUAUUUUUGAUAUCGGAACAUAUCUUGACAAUUCCUCACAAGCGGAGAUAAUAUUUGUAAAAGAAUUAUAUGAAAAUAUUGUUCGUACUGUUCUCUUAUAUAGUCGCAUGAAGGGUUUUCUGCUUCUUCGAUGUAUAAUUGACAAUCCGUCAUUUCCUACUGCCAUAUAUGAGAAAGCCGAUGUCAUCCGUGAAAUGAGUUUCUUAAAAUCACUUUAUAAUGAAGUAAGAAAAUCCGUAUGUUUAAAAAGGCAAAGAGGUCGGAAAGAAUUUAUCUCCUGCAGUUUUCUUUUCGAUGUUGUUAAACUCAUCAAGAAAAAUGAAACACGUAAACUUCUUGAGAGGGGUGUUAUUAAAACAGAGGAAUCAUGCGACUUUUUUUAUCCGGAUCUAUUCACGAUUACCGCAGACGAUGUUGAGCAAUUGUAUGAAACAGAUUUGGCAAUUAUUACCCAUUUCGAUUUGCUAACUCAAUAUCGCUUCUUUAAAUCAUCGUUACACACAGCUCAACGAACAUUGCAAACAAAACCGUUGGUUGUGACAUAUGCUAACAUUCGAAUACAGUUAUCAUUUUUUAAGCUUCUCGCUCGGCAUAUCAAAACACUUGAUAUGGAAAAUCUCGAUAAAUUAACCGAUUUUAAGUUAAGUUCGGAAGAAAAUCGGAAGGAUGAUUGUUGCUAUAAUAUACUUCAAGCUCAAGAAAUGAUCAGAAGUGAAUUUACUAUGUGGAAGGGUGCUAGAAAGCUUGCACAAAGAAUUUGUAGUCAGAUAAUUUUUUAUUGUGAAACUGACUGGUUCUGGAGUGAAGUUGUGAGAAUUAUAAAUGUUAACCAAUUGCCAACGACAUUAAUAAAGGCUUUUCGCUUCCUUCCAACAUUAACCGAAUAUUUAGUAGGGCGGAAAGAACCAAAAAACAAAACUUCAUUAAAUUUGUAUUAUUUUAUAAAGGAGUUUCUGAUGGUCAUUCCACAUGAAGAGUUCAUAGGUCGCCACUAUGGUUUUAUCAUUGCUCAACUUUGUAUGAGUCACGAAUCGCAUAGCAGUAUUCUAAAUCCGGCAACUGUUAUCAAUAGAAUACUAAUUCCAAAUUUAAAGAGACCAAUACGUAAGAUCUGCGCUGCAAUUGUACUCGGGAAUUUACUGCAAUUUCGUCGCGUGAACAUAGCUUGGUCAUUCGAUUACACCGCUCAGGACACAAAGUAUUACGAUGACGAUAAUAUAACAAGUCAAACGGAUGAAAAAGUGGAAGUGAUGCAAUUAAUCGGAGCAUUCUAUUCGCAGUAUACUUUUCCACAGCGUAGUACAAUCCGUUGCACGCGUUAUCUCUUCAUAGAUUUAGUUCUUUCGAGGCUGGAAAGUCGUUUAAAUCGUUUAAUGACGGAGAAUUCUUUCACACCAAAUGCGCUGAGAUAUUUGGAUGAAUUAGUCGCUAAAAAAAAAUUUUCUUGGCAAGCGGAUUACUAUUUGUCGAAGAUACUACUCCGUAAUUUACUUACAGCGAGAGUAGUUAAGAUACCAGAGAGACCGAUAGAUGAGACAAAUCGACAGGCAUGGAUUGAAUGGAUUGCAAAAUUGUUUCCCAUUACUUAUGCCGGUGUUAAAUCGAAACCAUUCUUUGCUUUAGCAUUUCUGAUUGACGGUUAUGUUAACAAUUUGGAUUUGGAAAGCGCUUUCGUUCUACAUUUCGACGAAAUUCCAGAAUUUUCGUUUAUUGAAUUUCUGAUUCUCUUCAAAAUUCUUAUGCGUUCCAACAAAAACAGUCGAAUCACAAACUUUUGCAGACAUUCUCCCGAGAAUUUCGGCAGUAAUUAUGAUAAAAGUUUGCGAGAAAUGGUCAAAUGGCUAUUUCGUGUCAUAAAUCGAGUCCAAAAAUCAGGAGGAGUGAAUGAGAAUGCAAUACUUAAAGCGAAACAUCGCGUUUUACAGUGGGCAGAAGCUUAUGUAGCAAAUUCUAAAGUAAUCGGGACCGAUGAUACGAGGGCAAUAUUGAGUUUAUUGAAAUGGAAGGAUGAACCUGGUCUAAAGGAUGAUGAACUGGACCGAGGAAUGAAUCGGUUGUUUUAUGAAGUCUGUCACAAGUGUACCUUACGGACAAAUGACCCAGUUCUUGAAAUAAUACAACAAUGGAGCCCCUGUGAAAAUAUUCUAGAGGACAUGGAAUACUAUUUAAAUCAUAUUCCGCCAUCUCGUCCAUCCGAAGUAAAAGUAUACAAUCCUACUCGAUUAUUGCUGUACAAAUCGACUCGUCCUGAUGAAUUAACACCAUGGGAACAAUGCCAAUUUAAGAAAUUUUUACAUGAAACUAUUGACUUUCAACGUUUGGGUGGAGGUAGCAGAAUGCGGAAUAGAGCUAGAUCCGGACCAGGUAUGUACGGUUACGCACGGCCAUUAUAUGUGUGGAGCGUUGAUGGCCUCAAACCAAUGCCAUAUUCCUCAAUGAAGAAUGAUUAUGAAGAUGUGCCAUCAGAUUUAUCAAAACUAAACGAAAAGAAAAAUCUACCAUUUGAUUUGCAAGCUGAGGUUGGAAGUGUAUGGCUCAGUGGUCCAUCAAGAUACCCUGAGUUUACUCCUCAAAUGCUUCCAAAAAGGCAUACUUCCAGCCAAUCAGUGAACAUACCAAUAAUUCGCGAUGAGGCAUAUGAAAUAUUUCGAAUGCAAAUAGCAUAUGAUCCAUUCAUUCCCAUACGAAGAAAUUUCGAUAAUGAGCUAGGCUUUGGAGCCAGUGCGGCUAAUUUUAGAAGAAAUGCUGAUACGGAACGCAGGUACUCACUUCCGUGCGAUUUAUCGAAUUUAAAUUUGCGAACCGAAAAAAUAGUACCUGGAAGCUCAAAGCCACAAGUGCCUAUGUUCAAAGUUCAAAAGCAAAGGUUCAGAACACGACAACGAAGAACACAAAUAAAAACUACUGAUGUAAUGAAAAAAGCACCGAUUAGACGUUCUAAUUCGAGAGAAACAGACAUCAAAGUGGAACGUACAUUGUUUCAUCCAUUUCUCGAAAAUAUUGGAUCAUGCAGUAUUUGUGGAUUAAUAGAUCAUGCGGAAAAUUUCUGUCCAGAUACGCCAAAUUAUUCAAAUCUUCUGAAUACGUUGAUGCCAGUGACGUACAAAUGGAUGGUCAAAAAAGAGAAAUCAUUUGAGAAUUUUCAUCGCCAAGAUUCGUGGGGAUGCUUUGGAGAUGACGAUAAUUGA